AUGUUUGGCGCGGGCAACAAUGUGGCGAAUGAAGGCAACAAGCAAGCUGCUCAUCAUUUCACGUUUGGCACAAAUAUUGUCAUUUUCGCUGGAAUCCUUUGGCACAUCGCUGCUGAAACUCCCAAGGGAGCAAGCAGUGCAUGUUGGAGGUGGGGCCCUUUCAUGCUGGCAACCUCGGGUUGCUGCAUGAUAAUGUGGGACUCCCUCCGGCACAUCUUCCUGGAUCACGGCGGCGUGUUCUUCAAGCCAGAGUCCUUGGCAAUGUAUAGCGAUCAUGGCGGCCUCACAACAAUUGGCAAGGUCAGCCAGAUGUUGACCAUCAUGGGAUUCGUGACGCUGGCCACAGGCGUGAUUUGGUUUGUACUGGCUCCCAAAAAGCGCACGGAGGACAAGGUCUAA